ACAGGUUUGUACUAGGCUGGUAGGGGUGUAUUACAGGUGUGUAGCGGGGUAGUACAGUUGUUAAGCGGUUUAGUACAGUGUCUUACAGGUAUGUAGCAGUGUAGUACAGGUUUGUAGCGGUGUAUUACCCUGUAUGUUACCCUGGUGUGUAGCGGUGUAGUUUAGUUAUUUAGUGGUGCAGUACGGUGUGAUACAGGUAUGUAGCGGUGUAGUGCAGUGCACGGUGUGGUACAGGUGUGUGGCGGUGUGUAGGUGCUAUCUUUGUCAUGGAACAAAGUGUUCGGUGUUAAGUGUUGAUAUGGAGAACUGGGGCGGAACAAAUCUGCUAACACUGAGCUUUUGAACAGCUCUAACAGACACGACACCGUGGAUGAUGAGGUUUAUAACAGAUCUGCAGAACAGGUUCAGAGCUUCUGUAGUCACAGGAAUCCAGGUGAGGAAUCGGAGCAGCUUUGAACACGGCCUGGUGCAGAGGUGGAGUGCGGUGUGACAGUUGGGAGGAAAAUCGUGACGGUUUUGGUGAUCGGUCUGGUUCAUGAGAACACUAUAUAUCCCUGCUCUGGAACCGUGCUCGAGACUACCUCUUCAAGUGUGGUGUACUCUGGCACAGAUCAAAUCAGAUAUGGAAACAGUAGAUCACCGUUUAGACAACGAUGUUCCUGAUAAAGAGCCGAGACAUGUCACCAUGAGCUCCUUGGAAACGUCCUGCCGAAAAACACGACGCCAAACCUCAAAACAGCACGCUCCGGUUCCACCAGGGGAGAGCUCUGGCGCCCCCUCCAGACCUGCGACUGUCCGUUCUGCAGGAGAAGAGAAAAAGAGAACGAGAGGAAAAGCUGCGAGAGCUGCUGCACAGCAUCCUGAGCCCACCCCUUCACACACUCGCACACCUCACACACCUCACACACCAGCCACACAUGGACACUUGCCUCAGAAGACCUCCACAUGCUCUGAGAAGAGCGCUCCGAGAGGAAGGAGAAAGAAAACUGAGAAGGCAGAGAGAUCAGACUUUAUCCCUGAAGGGAAAUCAGACGAUCGUACUGAUCCUGAUCCCACACGGACUAAGCAGCAACAAGCCAAAAUAACACAGACACACACUCAGGGACAGAAAAGAGCUGCUAAACACACACAUGAUACACUAGUAUGUCCGAGUUUGCAGCAGGACACGCCCGUGACCUCGUCCAAGUCUGAUUCGGGCACGAGAGCGCCAGGGAGGGGACGAGGACGCCACCCCAACCCCCGCCUUGGCUCCACGCCCCUGACCGAGCCACAGAUCAGCCCUGAGACGGAAACAUUGGCAGAAAAUAGACCUAGGUGUCAGAACCGUGACACUCAGCAGAAGAAGAGAACGAGGAAGAAGGCGGAGCAGGGAGUGUGUGAUGCGCCACCCAUCAAACGUCAAAGGAAAAAGAGAGCUGCGAGGGCGAAGCUUCCUGAGAACCAGCGAAUCAGGACGCGCUUUGUGCUGCACGAUUCUGAGCAGCUCGAGCCAGAAGACGCGCUCUCGUCCUCGGACCUGUCGUUCGAGCUGAGCAUACAGGAGGACAACCUGUCUCUCACACACUCUCUCUCACUGGAGGAGGACGAUGAGGAGGACGAAGAGCUACCCUGCUUCCUACAGAAGAUCAGACAAAAACCCUUUCCAAUCACAAUGGGGCAGUGUGUGUGGUGUAAACUGAGGAAAUACCCCUUCUGGCCAGCUAUGGUUAAGAGUGUGAACCGUAAGGCUAAGAAGGCCAGCAUUGUGUUUAUUGAUCAAUUUCUCUUUGCUAAGAAGUUUAAAGGUUUAUCUGUGUCUAUGAGGAAUCUGAAGCCAUUCGACUGUGAGGAGCAUCGCCACUUCGUGGACAUAGCCAAAGAAAAGUACGGUGAAUCCAUCACUUGGUGUCUGAAGAUCAUUUAUGACUACAGGAUAAGCAUUGGUUGUGGCUCAUUUGUCGGCUCAAUCAUUGAGUACAUUGCUCAUGAUAUAAGUUCCCCUCUGAGGAGCGAGUACCAGAAAAAGUCGCUGGACCUGCAGUCUCCCACUCAGAGUCUGAUGGAGCAGCAGGAUGGAGAUUCUGAGCUCCAGGACCUGGAUGAACACCCUGACCUCCUGCAUGACGUCCACAUGGAGAAGAAGCUCCUCCCCGACCGCACACAGGCAGCCCGCAACCGCGCCAACCAGAGGCUGGUGGACUUCAUCGUCCGGAAACAAGGGGCGCAGAACCGCUUACUGGCAGUGAUUAACGGCCAGGAGGAGUCCAGGUGGCUGCAGGACCUGCACAGCUCCAGCCGCUUGGUGGUGGGACAGGUGUACCUGGAGGACGACGAGCAGGUGGAUGAAGUCUACAGCUACCUGGUGGAGCUGUGUGAGAGCGCCGCUAAAGCUAACCCUUCGGUGGAGACGUCCGACCGCAUCCGCUUCAUCAUGGACGUCCUCUUUCCUGAGGCUUUGAUUCAUGCGAUAGCUGCAGUAGAUUGUUUGCCUCUGGAUAAAGCUGAGGAGAAAUAUCGCCAAGGUCCUCGCCAUAGCAAAAGAGAGAGACAGGAGUUUGACCUGAUGAUCGAGCAGCAGCAGAUGAAGCUGAAGCAAGCAGGAUGGUCGUCCUGAACACCACAUUAUCAACCAUGUUGUUAUUGUUAUUAUAUUAUCAUUUUUUUAUUACUAUUAUUAUUUUGACUCAUCGAAAUGAAAUACAUUUUUAAUAAAAUAGUCAUGGACUCAUG